AUGAAACCCACGAACGAAUAUCCCGAAGAGAAGAUUAGCGAUGGAAUUUACAUGACGGAUUUUCGGAGGAAACCAUCAAGCACCACCAAUACCACCUCUUCAACCAGUUCCAAUUCUUUCAUUCAGUAUACUCCAAGUACUGCUGGUUCCUCAUUUAGCUUGAUGGAGGAGUAUGAAAAUUUAUUGGCAACCACUCACUACGAAUUGAAAGAAUUAACGACCAAAAUCUUUCAUUUGGAACGAUCUAAUAAUGAAAUGAGAGAAAUUAUGAAUGAAAGUGGAGAAGAUGUGGAUCUUGUAUUGGCCAUCUCGGAGAAUGAAGAAAUUUUGGUUAAAUUUAGAAGGAGAGUGGAGUUGAUCAAUGAACGAUUGGCACAUUUACAAUGCCUUCAAUGCACGGAAUUGAAAAAACAGCCUGUACAAGACAAUCAUAAUAAGGAUUCUAUGGAUGAUUUAUCAGAUGAUAUUGAUAAUAUCAUGUUGUAA